UAGGCUCAGGCUCUAGUGCGGCCGCUGAUUGGCUGCUGAAGGCUUGGUCCAUCCCAGUGACCCCAAAGUGCUGGAGGGAGGGGGCGGGGGUGGCCCAGUGCAAAGUGCAUCCCGAAAGCCCCCUACCUGGAUCCCCCGCGGCUGACACUUCGGACCCUUUACGACCCGGGACCUCGCUGCUCCGAGACCUCCCGUGUUACCCGGUAGCUGGGAGCCUCCGGCCCAGAGCGCGGCAGCCCCCUGCUCCGAGCCCUCAGACCCGGACUGCCCCCCCCCAACCCGAGCCGGGACUUCCUCCCUGCACCCCUGCCCCGAGGCUGCCCCGCGGCCAGGACUGCCUCUCCGCGUCUGCUCAGCUGUCUGGAUGCUCGCGGGGUUGGGGCCGUGAGCCACCGAGGAGGGUCAGCAACACCCGUGUCCGGCCCUGCUUUGGGGUGCUUCUUCAAUGGAGAAGUUGGUGCGUGUGGAGGAGGCUGAAAGGAAGAAGAGAAGCAGCAGCUGAGGAGACAGGUUUGAGUUGGCUAGAGGAGUCCAGAGAGCAGGAGGAGGUCUGCCCACCCACCAGAGAAGUAGAAGAGAGCUUCUGACCAUCAUUCUCUAUAAAGGAUCCCUUCCGGGCUGCCAUAUUGCACGUGGUCACCUUAUCUCUGUAGGCUCUUCUUGGCUGUGACAGGAUCUCAGACUUCCUUGUUUUUGGUGCCCCUGACAUUUUAAGGAGCCUGGCCAGGGUAAGAAAGCUGAUACGUGCCGUAAUCUGGAUACACUCUCCCCACAAUGCUGUAUGUGCACAAUGGUUAUUAGGCAAUCCACCUGUCAGGAGAAGGGACAUUCUUCUGUAAGGCUGAUCCCUGUGACCUAAUGAAUCCUUUGUAAAAAGCGGACUCAGCUAGGAUGUUACACCACCAUUGUCGAAGGAACCCUGAGCUCCAGGAAGAGUUACAGAUUCAGGCGGCCGUGGCUGCCGGGGAUGUCCACACAGUACGGAAGAUGUUAGAACAAGGCUAUUCUCCAAAUGGCCGGGAUGCUAACGGAUGGACCCUGCUCCAUUUCUCUGCAGCGAGAGGAAAGGAAAGAUGUGUUCGAGUAUUUCUGGAACACGGAGCGGAUCCCACGGUGAAGGACUUAAUCGGAGGCUUCACCGCCCUUCACUAUGCAGCCAUGCAUGGCCGGGCCCGGAUUGCACGCCUGAUGUUAGAAUCUGAAUACAGAGGCGACAUUAUUAAUGCAAAAAGCAACGACGGCUGGACUCCCCUCCAUGUGGCCGCUCACUACGGUAGGGACUCGUUUGUCCGACUUCUCCUGGAGUUCAAGGCCGAGGUCGACCCGCUCAGUGAUAAAGGUACCACGCCACUUCAGCUCGCCAUCAUCCGGGAGAGGUCAAGUUGCGUGAAAAUCCUCCUGGACCACAAUGCCAACAUCGACAUCCAGAACGGCUUCCUUCUGCGAUACGCCGUGAUCAAAAGCAAUCACUCUUACUGCCGCAUGUUCCUUCAGAGGGGAGCAGACACAAACUUGGGUCGCCUAGAAGACGGACAGACUCCCUUACAUUUGUCUGCCCUUAGGGAUGAUGUGCUGUGUGCACGGAUGUUAUAUAAUUACGGAGCAGACACGAACACCAGGAACUAUGAAGGACAGACCCCACUGGCUGUUUCACUAAGUAUUUCCGGAAGUAGUCGACCGUGUUUGGAUUUCUUACAAGAAGUCACAAGACAGCCCAGAAACUUGCAGGACCUGUGCCGAAUUAAAAUUCGACAGUGUAUAGGCCUUCAAAACUUAAAGCUACUUGACGAACUACCAAUUGCCAAGGUCAUAAAAGACUACUUAAAACACAAAUUUGAUGAUAUCUGAUGUACCCAGAACUGUGAGCAAGAUUAGGAAUUAUAUUCCAGAUACUUCAAAGGCUUUGGGCCUUGCACAAAGUAUAUCCUAUGCAAUUUCUGAUUUGGUGUGAAGUCAGAAAGCAGGUAUACACUUUAGGUUUAUUUUUGUUUGUUUGUUUGGUUUUCAUUGUAAGGGAGGGUUUUUUUUAUAUAUAUAAACAUACAAACACACACACACACACACACACACACACACACACACACCCCACAUGCUUGAAGGUCUUAAUUUGGUUUCUUGGUCCAGGUUUAAGAGGUCCAAGCUUUCUAUACAAUAGUGCAUUUACAAAAAUGGUUUUUCCUAAAUGAUGCAAGCAGGUCCGGAGUGGAGAAUUUUCCCUUUUCAAAUGUAUGGUUUCACUGGCGUGCAGGAUACCCUAAACCAGCAGAGCACGUGUUCAAGUUUGGAGACAUAGCUUCCCCCACGGGGGUCCUGGGCUCUAUUGACAAAUGCCCUAAGGAAUUUUUUAAAGCAAGGCUGUCACCUCAUUCAUUUUUAAUCAAUACAAAUUGCCUCUUUUGAACUGUUCUUUUCCUAAUUACUGUAGCUUUCGGGUGACAUAAAUCCGGUACCUCUGCUCUCCUGUUGGUGUGCUCUUGUUUUUAACUUAUUUUUUUAACAACUGUAGUACACUACCCAGAGACACUGCGUGUCAACUUCUGUCUCGUUGAAUUGUGCUUUUAAAACAAAGAGAAAUGAAUGAGAAAGAAAAUAACUCGAUGAAGCCAGUGUAUUCUGUUUUUAUAACAGUGCUUCCGGUGCAAUACUCCUCCUGGUGGAUUUCAUCCGUUCUUUCACUUGAUGGCCCUCAUUCCACAGCCGGCUCUGACCGUCAGACCGCCACUUUAAUUUUCACUGCAGAACCCUACUGUGUCAGUCGCAAUUGCCACUUUAGCUUUGUCCUUUCCUUCACUUUCCGCAGAAAAUUUCAUAUCCUGGUGGUAGCGUAUUCCCUAAAAAUAGCCUCAAAUAUUGUCAAACCAUUUGACUUUAAUGAUUAAAUAAUUUGGAGUGGUUUCAUGGUGUUUUUUUGUUGUUGUUGUUUUGUUUUUCCCGGUUAAGGAAAAUUUCUAAAGGGUAACACUUCUAACAUGUGUACAUUUGUAAGUCUGAUUAAUUCCUAAUAUGCUAAUGAAACAUGUCCUGUCUGUUUUAAGGUUAUACACAGUGCAGCUCUUCUAGACGGAGUUUUUGUUGCUUUUUUGUUUUUUUUUUCCCUGGGUUGAUGGGGCAUAUGCUGAUGCCGGCCAUGUAAAGACGGAUAUGAUAACGUGUCAGUAACAAUGGAGAAGCUUCCAGACGCAUUAGGGAUCUGUGACGGUGCCCUUGGAAAUGUGUCCUGUACUUGAUUUGUCAUCAUAUUAGUUUCCCCCCCAAAAAAGAACUUUCCAGCCAUCCCAGUAUUAUUCUUAGCACUUUGGGAUAUUUCAAAAUAAUUACAUGCUAGUAAUACGUUUCUUAUCAGAAAUUUACACGAUGAAGGGCUUCUCCUGUCUGAGUUUCGAGUUUUAACGUCAUUAAGUCUAUAAAACACUUUCACCUAAAAAGUAUAACUCAGAAGAAUUGGGAGUCUGCGCUGGCUGUUCCUUUCUCAGAGCCUGCAGUGGUAUUUUCUCGAGCACAGAGUUUGUUCUCUUGGACGUGGAGUAGCUGUGACAUGGGGCAUUUGAUCCGGCUGUCGCAGGCAGUCAGGCAGUGCACAGGCAGCUUCGGAAAAAGGAUGACUUGGGACAUCACUGAUGGUACAUAGACUCUUUUGCAGGGAGCCAGUGAGAAUGUGGCCAGAAUAGAUGCUGCAGCCUGGUGGAUAGAAAUAGAUGGUCUGUCCUUCCCCAUGAAAAUAUCUCCAAAAAGUUAUCUUCCGAGAGAAGGUGCUUUGUGAACAUUGGAGCUGAGCUGUAUUCUCAUUCUUUAAACCAACACCCAGGUCGGAGCUAAAACAUGUUAGCAGCAUCCGGGACGUGGCAGGGCCAGAAAUGAAUUGAGUGUUAUUACUUCCAAAAACCCCAGGCCCCAGGGGCUGAGGAGGUGGGAGGGUGCCCAGGGUCCUUCAUUCUGAGCAGUGACGCUAAUAUUACCGUUUGCACACGGCUUCUUUCCUCAUAUGUGUGUAUGUAGUUAGUUACCUUGAAAUGAUUUUCUUCCCCCAACGAUUCGAAGGUUUCCAAACUGAGCCACUGAGUUUGAGUCAGGGAAUUCCAAGUGAAAAGAUCAGACUGAGGUAAAUUCUUCGUUCUGUAAUGCUGCUGCGACUUGAGUGGGGGAAAAAAAAAUUAUGACAGCUCUUCCUGGAAUUGAAAUUUCUAUUUAAUGAAGAAGUGUAUAAUUCCAUUAUUUAUUGUUUGAGGUUUGAUUUAUCUGGAAGCUUAAAAACAAUGUUUUGUUUUUGUUGUCAGUAAAAUCCCAAUCACCUAUCACAUUUAGCCAUCACUAAAUUGUCUCGAACUUGGUAACUGGUGGAACGCAAUGAUAAAUGUGCAGGUCCCUAUUUGAACCUGAUUAUUGGAGAAGCAUUUUGUGGUCACGUAAUGAGUAGAGAGAAUGAUUAUUUUCAGAAAAUCAACUGAUGGGUUUUUCCAGCAUCUUGACUGAGAUAUUCAGAAUAGUAUCCAAUUUGCCACCGAUCCUUCUGUGUUUCUUUUGAGAUUUAUUAUUUAAACCUAUGACUAAACCUUUAUAAAAAUAUAUUUGGCAAGUACACCAAAGAAACCAGCUCAUAAAAGAUUAUAAUCAUUAAUGAACUGUAAACCUCAUCUUUUGAAAAGAGAAGAUUUUUUUUGUGUGUGUAAAUAUUUGUGUUGAUAAAUGUACAGCAGAACAAGAGUGUUUUCAGAUUAUUUAAUUCCCAUAUUUCUAAACGAUUUACUACAGAAUCAUCCACGCUUGGUAGUUUGGAGGACUUGACUGUUUUGUUUUUUUAAUUCAUCAGUCAUGCUUGGAACAGCGUUUCCGCUAGAGAAUUCAGUGUUCUGGCAGUAGGAAGAGCACACAUCUGGAACACCAGGCAGCCUAGCAUGACUUGUCAGGCGCACACCCUAAGAGACAAGAACGUGUAGCUUUAAUGACCGACCGGACCACACGAAAAUCGCGAUUCUAACUCUCCUGCAGAAUUGCUUAUUAGCCCAGAACGUGAUUGGGGUGAGGCUCCGAGCCCACAAAAUUAGCUUUCCUAUAACUUCUAGUGUGUUAUAUCACCAUGUAUUUUGUUCUUCCUUUGUAAUGUAAGUUUUGCUUUGGGUCAAUUUGAAUUAAAAAA